AUGGGUGAAAGAGGCGCCAGACGCGGCGCUGGCGCACCGUUCUACGCGCCGCCGCGUCGCAAAACAUCAGCGGAGAUUAUCAGCGAAGCGCGCGCUGCCAUCAGUGCAGAAAUGAGCAACAUAACAAGUGGACCAGGGCUAAGUGCUCUCAGACCGCUGCGUACGCGGCGCCCCUUCACCCCCCGCGAGCCUCAACGGACUCUUUUCACUGAAAGGGCGCGCAAGAAGGACACUCGCCCGCCUAGCGCGUUUGACCUCAAAUACCUCACUCUGUCCGAGUCCAACGAAGAGGCUUUGGUUGCGUCAGGAGUACAAUAUGGUAGCAUUGACGAAGACGAUACUAAAGAAGAAAUUUUAGUUGAUAACCAGGUUAAGAAGAAAGCAGCAGUAAAAUCGCGAACAAAUGAUCGAUCGGGUGACGGAUGGAGCGCUUUCACCAAACUACCGCACCUCAGCGGCAGGACUAAACCUUUACAUCGGAGAAAUACGACGCAAUCUGGUGACUCAUUAAGUCCUGAUGGUACCAACAAAAAGAAACAAAUUGUAACAUCAAAAUCGGUAUCAUAUGACGCCGGUCUCGGAGAUGUCACAGUUAAACAUCUCGCAGUACAGCUGCCGAAUCCAUCGAACGACGAUUACGACAACAUGACAGUGCUAGAGUUAGCCGAAUACCUAUCCAGCGAAACAAGUAACUCGGAACAGACCCUAUUAUUGAUACAGGCUCUUCAGAGAAAUAUAGUCAAGACCUUACCAGCAAAUAGUCUUCGUGAACUAGUACUUCGAUCUCUUUACACUCACGUGGACAGCGACGAUGAUCGCAUACUGGUAGCCAUAGCGAGGGCUAUGCUGACGAUGCGUGUAACUGGACCACAUUUGGCAGCUGCUUGCAAAUUAGUAUUUAAAAUUUCGAGAAAUGACAAAAACGAUCACUUCUUCAAGAACAGUGAUUUACUUGAUCUGGUGGUGGAGGGCUGCGGCCGGAUCGACCCGGUGAGCGAGAGCGAGUGCUGCGUGUACGCGGCGGGCGCGCUGCGCUUCCUGGCGCUGGAGCCGGCGCUGGGCGCGCGGGCGUGCGCGGCCGGCGCGCUGCACCUCGCCGCGCUGCACCUCAAGCUGCUGAACAGCGCGAAAGCGGAGAGACCUCGGCAAGUCUCGGAGCAGGCGACUCACGCGUUAUACCAAGUGACGGGUGCGCUUCGGAACCUCGCGGGGGGCGGGGAGGGUGGGGGAGAGAGCGGUGGGCGGAGCGCGGAGAGCGCCGAGCGCGGGCGAGCGUUCGCGGCGAGCGGCGCGCUCGGCGAGUUGCUCGCCGCGCUCACCCUGCACACCGACCGGGACGUGCUCACUAACGUGGCGCGCUGCCUCAGUGUACUGUCGGUGGAGGAGGCGUGUUGUACGUGGUUGUGCGCGUCGCCGGUGAGUGCCCGCGCGCUCCUGACCGCGCUCGCCGCGUGCGCGGCCCGCGCGCCGCUGUCCGUGCGCCUGGCGUACACGCUGGGGAACAUGGCGGCCGCGGACGAGCAGGCGAGGAUCAACAUCUACAACGAGGAAGGUGGAGUGGACGUGCUCCUCACCAUACUAGAGUCGUAUGCGCGAAGAAAUGAGAACGAGAUUAGGGAUUCUGACUCUGAUCCAGAUUUGCAUUUAGUAGGUUCCGAUCUCGGUGGUUCUGAUGGUUCAAACGAGGAUGUCCUUAUCAAAACAGUCCGAGUUAUAGCGAACCUGUGUCUGGCGGAGCUUGCUGGAAGAGGUUUAGCAGCGAACCACGCUGAAAGAACAGUUCGCGCUCUUUUAUCUUGUCUGGACCUAGCUGAAAAACCGCCUGAUAAUAAGAUAAAUGAUUUACCAGAGAAGGAACGUAAUGCCUGGUUGGGCAGACGAGAAGAACUAGCUAUGGCGGCGUUGGCCACUUUGAACAAUGUCACCUUCUACCUCGAACCUUCUGCUGACUACCCUCUAAGUAACACUUUAGAGUUUAUGUGCAAGACGCUGUGCCGCUGGGUGCGGCGCGGCGGCGCGGCGGCGUGCGAGGCGGUGCGCGUGCUCGGGAACGUGUCGCGCAGCGCGCGCGCCGCGCAGCUGCUCGUGCUGGAGGGCGCGCUCGCGGCCCUGGCGCCCUUCCAGCGACACGUGGACUCGAGCGUCCGGUGCGCGGCGGCGGGGCUGCUGGUGAACGUUUGCGGGGCGGGCGGCGCGGGCGGCGCGGUGGAGGCGGCGCGCGCUCUGAGCUCCGCGGCACGUGCUCGCGACGUGCCGGCCGCGGCGCUACUGACGCGCGCGCUGUGGAACGCGCACGCGCACAGGCCCUUGGAGCCCGCGCACGCGCACCAGGUGGCGACAGCACUGGCGCUGUUUAUAGACGAUGAUUCAAUUUUUGCGGCGUGUGAAGCGUCUAAACAGGGCGAGAGACGCGCCAGCGACCCUCAGAUCUCAAAAUAUCAUCAGGUACAUCUUGACGUUAAUAGCAGUCAGCAACCGGAGGAGCGCUUCCAGCUUCAUAUAGCCAGAUCCUCGAUGAUGAAAGCCUACAGCGUCGAAGAGGAAUUACACUUGAACCAAGAAUUCGACGAUGACGGUGAACGAUAUUCAGGCGAAGAUCUUGGAUUCGAAGAAGGGGAGAUGGAAGAGUGUGAAUGUGAACCGUGUCGAAGGCUGGUGGCUUGGGACGAGCUGGUGGGGGUCGCCGUACCGCUCAUUGAGAAGCUGCGCCCUCUUCGAGCUGACGCAUCCGUAGGCACUGAUUAGGAUCACCAAAAACGUUUUAACUAGCCCCUUGGCUCAGUUUGCAGUGACCCUCCUGCUUGAGCCUGGAAUCCUUUCUGCUUGAGCCUGGGUGUGAUAUGUGUAUUUAUUUAUAUAUAAGUACUAGGUGACCCGGCGAACUUCGUAUCGCCUAACACAAACUUUAUC